UAUGGCUGUACCAGUAUUCCUUCAUGAAGUUGAAGAAAUAGUUGUGGUAAACCACAGCAAAGACAGGUAUGCAGUGGAGUACGAGACACCAUCCCUCAUACAGACAGCAGAGGAUUGCUGCAUAGAAGAGUUACCUGGUACUGAUUCUAGUGUUGUAGGUGGUCAUAAAUUAAGGAAAGCAAUGCUGAGGCUUAUAUCUACGUCUACAAAAGAGAAUAAUUUUGAAAUGGGUGGAUGGAAAAAAAAUACUGGAUUUCGGAAGUUUCUUAAUUUGUUUCAAAGAAAGAAAUCAAAGAAUCAGAAGGAAACGUCAUCACCAAACAAUGAAAAGAAAAUCCAAAAUGAAAAGCAUUUGAAGAAUUUCCAUAAGCCCUUUAUGAAAUGUCUGAAAGUUAGAAAAUCAGAAAAGAAAUCCAAGAAACUUUCGAUGGAGACUGAUUCUGAGGUCAAAGUUGAUCCACAUGAGAUGAAAGAGAACUACUGCUUUAGCGUUACACCUGCAGCGAUUGAUGACGAGAGUUGCAAUGACAUACUGAAUAAUCAUCAAUCACCAGGCCUUUGUCUCAAAGUGACAGCUUUAGAGACAUCCAUCUACUGGGUCAUUCAUUAUCCUUGUUAG